AAUGAAUGCUAAAUUUACAUAAUGAGAACAAUCAUGUUAACUGGAUGAAAUGCACCACUUAUGUCUUCGAGUGAUCAGUGGAAAACUUAACCCAUCUAACUUCGAAGAUUCUUGUUCAACGUAUGUAGUGUGCAGGAUUGGUGACCACGAAUGGAAAUGUCUUCCCUCCAAAGGACUUAUCCCCGUUUACGAUUCUAAACAAGUAUUUGAAGUGCCGAGGACUGUGACUCACAUCAUCGUUGAGCUCUGGGAGAAGAAGACGUUCCACUCAGUCAACUCUUCAGUAGUCCAGCUGGAGCUUAUUGACAUCCCCUUCAAAAACAAGUGUGGUAAUGGUUGCUGGCACGCUACUCAGCCGAUAGGAAGACUUACACAAAGUGAUCAUGUCCUCAUUGAUCUCCACUAUCUUCUACCCAUAGCAGAUGUUUCUAAGGAGGAACUGGCGCUGUUGGAACAAAAGAUGAAUGUUUUGAACAAGGUUCAAGAAGAUGAGAUGACCACGUUAAAGGCUCAGAGUCAGAAGAAUUUCCAGGAUAUUAAGGGGAGCAAUAUCUCACGCAGUAAACCAGGAAAUGGAACUCACAGACCCCCACAGUGCGAACGAAAUGAUAGUUUCAUGACGAUAGAUAGUUGCUCAGACUUUAGGGAUGCUGUAACUAAUGAAUCAGGUUCUCAGAACGGAGACAUGGACAUGAUGUCGGUGAGCAUGUCACACUUGUCCCAACACAGCAGCAUGUCCCAGACCAGUGCUGACGGAGUCUACUCAGCUAACUCUCAACCAAUGCACCCUCGUAUCUCCAAUCUUAUUCAGGACGGCUCGGGAAACCAUGUCCAACAGGAUAAUACAGAUAAUAACACGUCUCGGAGCACGUCCCAAUUCUCCCUCAUGUCUGAUGAGCACGAGGCAGAGGCUGAGGAGGUCUCCAAGGAGGCCCUGAUGUGGAUGAGUGCAGUUCAGAGGAUCCGGAAGAAUAUUUACAUGAGGAACAUUGACAAACCAGCAAAGGAGGGAGAAGAAGAGGAAGAAGGAGAAGACGGGGAAACUAAAAGAGAAUCUAACGAAGUGAAAGAGAACGGAGUGUACCCGCCGACUGAGGGGGAAGGAGGAAGUCUGCCACGUCACGAAAAUAAUAGUACGGUUAACAGUGAUAACAGCAGUGAUAUGUUCGACUCUGAGAAAGUGAAGAGUACCGCUGCCAGAAUGUGGGACACAGUAAACAGUACGACUACUAAAAUGCAGAUGUACAGCAAGCCCCGAAGUACUGACUCUAACCCCGAGUUUAAGCUAGGAGACAGUUUCUUUGACAUCGCCAACUACGGGACUCUCAAGGUACACGUGUUCAGAAAGACUAUCCAAGCUCUUAUCUACCCCAUCUCGUUAACUGAACCUCACAAGUUCCACUCCUGGUCGACUUUGUCGCCAGCAUUCUGUUCUGAGUGCGAGGGAUUGCUGUGGGGGAUCACGAAACAGGGUAUGAAGUGUUCCUCCUGUGGGGUGAAGUGUCAUCAGAAGUGUCAGGAACUCCUUAAUGCUGACUGUCUUCAGCGAGCCCACCAGAAGACUCUGCGAGGAGAGAACGAGGACACUGCCCAACACGAAUACAUCAUGAGGGCGAUAGAGCAAAGGAUGAAGGUGACAGAGAACGCGUCUAAGGACACGUUUGAAUUGCUAAGACUAGCUUUCGCUGAGGAAAGUGAGAAGCUGGACCAAGUGAAGAAGGAGGUGAAACAUUCUAUUCUAACCGGGUCUAGCAAGUGGAGCGCUAAAAUUGACAUUGAAGUGGUCGAGGCUCAGGGUCUUACUGGCAAAGAUAAAUCAGGUACCAGUGAUCCGUAUGUUACUGUACAAGUUGGAAAAAUAAAGAAAACCACCGCCACAAUACAGCAAGAUCUGAACCCAAAGUGGAACGAGAACUUUAGCUUCGACUGCAAUAAUUCCUCAGACAGAAUCAAGGUGCGGGUGUGGGAUGAAGAUGAUGACUUCAAGUCACGUGUCAUGACUCACCUCAAACGCGAAGCAGACGACUUCUUAGGUCAGGCCAUUAUCGAUGUGAAACAACUUUGUGGAGAAACCGACGUCUGGAUCGAUCUGAAACAGAGAACAGACCGUUCGGACGUGUCCGGGCAAGUCCACCUCCGGAUGACGAUCAAGAUAGAGGGAGAGGAGCAGAACAUGGCAAGUUAUCAUAUCCAGUACCAGAUACUCCACGAGACUUUGUUUAAUCACCUGUGUGAGGUUAACAAUGGAGUUAAUAUCCCUCCUGGAACCCGCAAAUUGAAGGGAGAUGAACUUGAUGAGUGGCCGACCUUUUUCGACGGACCAGCUCAGUACAUAGUUGAGGAAUUUGCUACUCGUUUCGGAAUCGAAUCUAUUUUCAUGGCCAUGACGCAGUUCUCGUGUCUAACACAGCGGUUUAUCACGAAGAAAGACGCUCCACCUCAAGACGUUAGCAAGUUGCUGGCUCUUAUCAAUAGUCAUUACAGACGCAACAACGGACAGGAGAUCAACGUCUCUAACUUCGGAAAACAAAAGUUCACGACAGUUCUAGACAGACUACAGUCCAGUUUACGAGAGAACCUCGCUUCCUACAAAGCGGUCUACCCCUCUAACAGAGGCCAGGAGAAACUGGACGAUCUAGAAAAUUCCAUCGCUCUACUGACCAGCAUCGUCUUUUUCAGACUCAAAGUAUUGCAGCAAGGUGGUAACGGUGGAGGUGGUAACAACAGACGUACUAACACCAACAUCAUCAUCAAGGAUAGAGUCAAGUUGUGUUUGGAGAAUACCUACGAUUUUAUCAGUACCAAAACAGACGAGGUCUAUUCUAAGUAUGCGAACACAGAAGAAAAUACUGAACACGCUAAGAUAGCCUACUGGAAGAAGCUUAUAACCCUGAUUCUAGUGGAAAUGAAGGAAGACAAGAUGUUUUAUGAACCUAUCUUUAACAGGUUUUUCCCCCACGCGGCCCUGUCAGCGCAAACAUUCUGGGAGCUGUUGUCACGUGACUUGAAGACUGACUUGACGGAGAAUCUCGAUGCCUGGCUCAGCGAAAUUCUUACCUCCGACAUCAUGGGAUUCCAGAUGACUGUCAAGUUCGUGUACGACAAGAAAAUAGCUCACCUCCAAGAAUACGAGAAUUCCUUGCCAGAUUAUCCCAAAUGGUUCGAGCCGUUCGUGAUGAAACAUCUUCAAGAGUCAGACAGUAAAAUCAAGAACAUGUUCUUAAUCAAGAGUCUUGACAAAGACACAUUCACAGUUCAACCCAAUCAGACCAUCAAACACUCCUCCUCAGUCAUCGACAUUUUCAGUUCUUUGAGAGCAACCUACGAUUCUUUGGACAAGAUGAAAUGCCCGAUACCCGCUCUGCGAGACAAAUACCACAACCGAUUUUGUGAAACUAUCGAUGUGGUUCUCAUAGAAUACACCAAACGGAUCAUAGACGUGUUCAAAAAGAAUCUGGGAACAUCCGGGGGUCUUGGAACGUCGUGUGUGAUUCUGUGUAACAUCCACCGCGUCAGAGAGGAGCUGGAGUCUAUCUUCAAAACAAUGGGAGGAGAACUGUUGGACAUCACUGCUAAACAAACCCUGGAGGGCACUCAAAAGAGGUUGAAGGAUGCUAGGAACAAUGUUAUUUCUGAUUUAGUGAAAAAUAUGAAGCCUGAGAUCGAGAAAUGCAUCCGGGACAUUAAAAACGAUUUGCGGAAUGUGAGGAGUAAAAACGGAGAGGACUACACUGAAAUUGUUUCUCCUUUGAUCGAAUAUUUUGAUGUUGUCUUCAAAAUAUUUGUCGACAGCCUAUACGAUGACGUCCGGAAACCACUUUUUCAGCAAACUUGGAAAAGAACUUUAAAACUUUUCGAGGAAAUAAUAAUCCUACCAGACAUCAACUGUAUAGCCCACGAGGAGGUUCAAGAACUGAACAGCAAGCAAAGCCAGGUGGUCGAAGCCAUGUUGGACAUGCUCAAAGCGUAUUUCACGGACUCGAGCGGUAAAUGUUUGAAGGCCAGGAAUCUGGAGAAGAUGACAGAGAUGCGUGACUUGAGGAAAGUGUUGUCUCAGUACAGACUCACUACGGAUACCCUGAUCAAGAACUUUGUGACUCAGGCUGACAAUCAGAACCGGUUCGCUGAGGAGGAUUCUCAGGGUGAGAUUCAGCUGCAGGUGGACCUCUUCACUCCACCUGGACAGGAGCAUCAUGACUGUACUGUGAAAGUGGUUUCCGCGAGCCGAUUGCACUGGAACACAACGAAAAUGUUCCGUCCCUUCGUAGAGGUGAACCUUAUCGGGCCUGGAACGUCGGGGGUAAAGAGAAAGUUCACUACUGGCACUAAAAACAAGACUUACUCUCCACUCUUCAACGAAUCUUUCCAUUUGAAAAUAAUGAAGCCAAACGACCCAAUAGACUAUGAACUACAGUUCUCAGUAAAAGACUGGUGUCUGAUGAAAACAGAUCUUCUGGUGGGUGUGGCUGUCAUGCCGCUCCGCCAAGUCGUUGAAACAGGUUCAAUACAAGACAGACUAGAUCUGGGCCGGUCCCUUUACCUGACUAAAGAGAACAUGAGCAUUGUUAUCAUCCUGUCUCAGAGAGUCCACGAUGAAGUGGCCCAGGAGUUUGUAAAGUUGAAGAAAUUAGAGAGAACAGAAAUAGUAUAGGUCCGACCUGUACUAGUAGGUCUUUGUCGUUAGGUCCCCCUCCAGCUAGGGUUUUGUGUGUAAAGUUGUAACAUACCACGGGUUGGUUUUAUGCGUGAUUCCGGUCCGGCCGCAUGUCACUCACUUGCCGCAUGUGAUCUUAUUAUAUCCGUCUUCAGUAUACGAUUUUUAUUGAAUUUAUUUUUUCAAUGUUGUUAUUAGAUUCGUUUGAGCUUUUAGUUUUUUGACUGUUGUGUUUUCCAUUACUAGUAGACCAUUGCUAACUUAAUUAUUAAGCUUGUAGUUUCAGAUGCCCUUCUCUUCAUGCUUUCGAUAAUUAACUUGAUCAAUUCUUUUUGAUUUAAAUUGGUUCUCAGACACAAUAUUCAGUGACUUAAUAACAUUUCGGUAUUUAUUUGCUUUUAAUUAAAGUUUUAACUAAAUUUUGAUUGAUUAAAUUAUUUUAAGUUCGUUUAAAUUAUUAGAUCAGAUUUGUGUGUACCUUUAUUGAAUUAUUGAAACUAAUAUUAAAGUUGACACAAAAAUUUUCUAAACCUCAAAGUCAAGAGCAUAAUCUGUUUGAGUUUUGAGAAAUGAAACUCAUUUUGGUAUUCGAAUGGUUGAAGGUAGUUGGGCGAGCCCUCUGCAGUUUCAGUAUGCGGAACAAUGUCUCUAAUCUUGAUGAAUAUUCUACUUUGUAAGUAAGUUCACUCAAAUCCAGAUUUUUGGAGAAGUAUGAUCAAUCAAAACAAGCUACCAGAUUUUAAUUUUUAAGUUUAAGCGACCAUAUAUUAUACUGCAACUACAUGUCUUUGAACUUGUAGAUUAAUUUCUUCAAGUUCAGCGUCCUUUGAGUGCACUGAUGUUCAGUGUACUUUAAGUUAAAUAACCUAACUCAAAUUUAGUGUAUCAGUUUCUAUUUCUCGACGUGCUUUCGUGAAAUUCGAAUGAUCAUGGAAAAGUAAUAUAACUGCAGUAAGUAAUAUAACUGCAGUAAUAUAACUGCAGGCACCAAUUUCAAGUAAAAUACCCAAAAUACCAUUGCAUUUUAUCUGAUUCACUUUUGCUUUGAAAACGUUUUAUUUUGUAAUCAAAAUAUUGAAUACUCAAUACUGCACACGUGAGUUGAGGGAGUGAUGUAAAAUUUGUGAAAAUUCUUAUUUUGUCGGACAUAUUUCUGCAUUAUUUACAAUUUUUUAUUCAAACAAAAUAUG